AGGAAGGAUGUCACUGUUGCGCAGGGCGCUGCGGGUCUCCAACCGCUCCAUGCUCGCCUUCAUCUUCUUCUUCUCCUUCUCCUCGUCCUGCCUCUACUUCAUCUAUGUGGCCCCCGGGAUCGCCAAUACAUAUCUCUUCAUGGUGCAAGCUCGCGGUAUAAUGUUGAGAGAAAAUGUGAAAACAAUAGGACAUAUGAUCAGAUUGUACACUAACAAAAAUACUACACUGAAUGGCACAGAUUAUCCUGAAGGGAACAAUUCUAGUGACUAUCUUGCUCAAACAAGAAUGUAUCUUCCGGAAAACUUCACUUAUUCUCCUUACCAGGCUUGUCCAGAAAAAUUGCCUUACAUGAGAGGCCUUAUCAAUGUGAAUAUGAGUGAAAUUAGUUUUGAUGAAAUUCAGGAAGUGUUUUCAAAAGAUUUAGACAUUAAGCCAGGAGGACACUGGAAACCAAAAGACUGUAAGCCACGAUGGAAGGUGGCAAUCCUCAUUCCUUUUCGGAAUCGUCAUGAGCAUCUUCCAAUCUUUUUCCGACACCUGAUACCUAUGUUGCAGAAGCAGCGUUUGGAAUUUGCCUUCUAUGUUGUUGAACAGACAGGUACACAACCUUUUAAUCGUGCAAUGCUCUUUAAUGUUGGCUUCAAAGAGGCUAUGAAGGAUGUUGUUUGGGACUGCGUGAUAUUCCAUGAUGUGGAUCACUUACCUGAAAAUGACCGAAAUUAUUAUGGGUGUGGAGAAAUGCCACGUCACUUUGCAGCAAAGCUGGACAAGUACAUGUACAUUCUUCCUUACAAUGAGUUCUUUGGCGGUGUAAGUGGACUGACAGUAGAACAAUUCAAGAAGAUCAAUGGGUUUCCAAAUGCCUUUUGGGGAUGGGGUGGAGAAGAUGAUGACCUUUGGAACAGGGUUCAUUAUGCUGGAUACAAUGUAACAAGACCAGAAGGAGACUUAGGAAAGUACAAAUCCAUUCCUCACCAUCACAGGGGUGAGGUCCAGUUUUUAGGACGAUACAAACUUCUGAGGUAUUCUAGAGAACGUCAGUACAUUGAUGGAUUGAACAAUUUGAUAUAUACUCCUAAAAUACUUGUCAGUAGGCUAUAUAAAAACAUAACUGUAAAUCUCAUACCAGAACUUGCUCCUGUUAGGGACUAUUGAUGGAAAUUAAAUGACAGGCUACGCUACUGGAGUAAAUGUUAGUACUGGAAGCUAUUAAUAUACGCUAAAGACACUAUGAAAAAGUAGCACCUUAGAAUUGGUGACUUUUGACCAUUUGAUGAUUCAUAUUUAGGAUGGGGAAAUAAAAUGAUGUAGUGUAUGUACCAUUUUAUUCUGAAAGAAAAGUCAUCAGCUACCACUCAGAUGUUUACAGCAUGAAAUUACUGCAAGCCUUUGUUCUCUGUGUUCUCUGUCUUAACCACUCAAUUAACAAAACCACAGAAACAGACCUGUAGCUUGUCUGGAAGUUCUUCCAGGAAUUUUUUAUACUACUCCCUCUCUUCUUCCACUCCCUAUAUUUAAAUGAAUGCUUUUGUUCCUUUUUAAACUGUGUUUUGUAAAUAUGUGAUGUAAAUUAAUGUGUGUACAUUGCUUUCAAAUUGCUGAAUAUUUUAUGCUGCUGUAUGUAUUUGAGUGUGUUUUUGUUUGAAUUAUAUAAGAAUGUUUUUAUUAGCAUGAAAGAACAAAUGUAAAAUGUUAGUAUGCUUAAAAGAGGUUAUACCUUAUGUGAAAUGAAGGAAGUACUAAUUGUUGGCCAGCUAUGACUGUAAACUGUUAUACUAGUUUUGAGCUUUAGGCCUCCUGCAUAUCUAUAUAGAAGAAUCAGUUUCAUCUAUGAACUUGCAAGAAAGAAAGCUUUUAAUUUUAUUUAUUGCCAGCAAAAUGCUAUGAUUCGCUGCCUGCCAUCUAAAUCAUAUCUAUAUGCAUAUUGCAUGUGUAUUAUAGAAAAUCCUGUAGUGGUUGUGUAUUAUGAUCUACAGGAACUCUGUUUUCACGUGUGCCACU